AGUGUGAUUCUCCCCACUAUUUUCAUUCAAUAGAAGGCCACAGAAAUUAUUAUUUACAUCAGGUUUUCAAUAACAGAACAUAAUGGCUGCAAGAGAACCAGCAAAAAGAAUUAUCCAACAAGUACGUCCCAUACUCUCUGUUGAUAGGGAGGAAGCACGACAACGAGUGAUUAACUUGUAUAAAGCUUGGCAUCGAACAGCUCCUUUUAUUGUUGAGAAGUUCGAUAUUCCGAAAUCCGUGCCACAAGUUCGUCAAAAAUUAAAAGAAGAGUUUAUUAAGAAUAAAGAUGUGUCAGAUGUUAGAGUUAUUGACAUGUUGGUAAUAAAAGGACAAAUGGAACUCAAGGAGAUCACCAAGAUAUGGAAACAGAAAGGUCAUAUUAUGAGAUAUUGGCAGGAGUCUAUUGAAUAUAAACCUAAUGACUUUCUUUCAAAAUUCAUGUCUGGUCAUAAUUAAAUUGUAGAAUGAAACUGAAACUACUCAGAUACACAUUAAAAACUGUGCGCAUUAAAAGCGUUAUUGAGAAAUAAAAAAAUUAUUCAAAGAAAAUUUAAUUUAUUCAUCAAAACUAAGAGUAAAAACAUUUUUGUAGAAAACUGUGCGAUGAUUGCUUAAACCAACUAUGAACAACAUGAUAAAUAUAAAACCACUGAUA